AUGAUAACACGUCUAACAAGACCGAUCAUCAGCGGCUGUUCAAACUUGCAUAAACGGCUAUGCUCGGCGGCAGCCAACUCGUCCAUCCAGCACACCCUACGCGUGGCUGAACAAAUCGAGAAGAAACGAGCGGCGGCGUUGCUCGGUGGCGGUCAAGCCCGAAUCGACGCUCAACACAAGCGUGGAAAGCUGACUGCCCGCGAGCGGGUCAAUUUGCUGCUGGAUAAAGGGACGUUUCGCGAGUAUGACAUGUUUGCCGAGCAUACAUGCACAGAGUUUGGCAUGGAAAAAGAGAAGUAUGCCGGUGAUUCUGUGGUGACGGGCCGUGGAGAGAUUUCCGGGCGCACAGUGGAUUUUACCGUGUUCGGCGGAUCCCUUUCAUCGGUGCAUGCGCGCAAGGUCUGCAAGAUUAUGGAUGAGGCGAUGCGUGUCGGCGCGCCAGUGAUCGGGCUCAAUGAUUCUGGCGGUGCCCGCAUCCAAGAGGGCGUCGAAUCUCUCGCAGGAUAUGCCGAUAUUUUCCAGGUU